AUGACGAGCAGCAGGUUGUUUCCGCCCACGACGGGCGGUCUGACGAAACAUGACACUGACGGACCUUUCAUGUCUAGACCCCAGCCGGGAGAACACAUGAUGACGACGUUUGCCGUGACCAAGCAGAAGCGGGCGACGCGGGCCAAGUUUGCCAAAGUCCGCACCGGCUGCAUAACGUGUAAACGCCGCCACGUCAAGUGCGACGAAGCGAAGCCGUGCUGUAAGAACUGCCUCAAAUGGGCCGGCUUCUGCAGCGGUUACGAGAGCGCCGAGAGCCUUCAGAGCCGGUCUCCCAAGGUUGCCAAGAAUAAGCGCGCCGAGCCGGCGGCGCAAGCCUGCUGCGGCGAUUCGUCGAGCACGGCAGACGACGCCUCCUCCGUCGCCAGCACCAUGUCCUUGAGCCCGCCGAGUCACGCCGACGAGCCUGUCUCGGCCUCGGUGUCUGCCGCCGGCUUCGACGACGUCUUCUGGAAGCAAACGCUACCGCGGCUGGUCCGCGACAGCGCCGCCGUCCGGUGCGCCAACAUGGCCGUCCACGCCCUCCUCUUCGCCAAGGACCCUGCUCCCGCCGCCGGCUGCGCGAGCGACUGGAGCGAUCGCUACGAGCGCGCCCUCGCCUGCUACGGCCGCGCCCUCCGCAUUGCGCGACAGCAGGCGAGCGUCAAACCGACGGAUGUGCGCGAGGCCGUCUUGUGCUCCAUGUUCUUCGUCAUCUUCGAGACCAUCAACGAGGACGAGGCCGCGGCCGAGGCGCAUCUGCAGAGCGGCCAGCGCGUCCUGGACGAGCUUGGUCCCCGUCACGUCACGGGCGAGACGCCGAGGCUGCGGACGAUGCUGCGUCGGGUGCUGCAGUGCGUCGCCAACCAGGCUCGUCAACUGGACUAUGCCGACCAUCUCUGGUUCGGGAUUCCGCUGGACGAGUUUCUCGACGAAUGA